AUGGCACUGUUGCUCUCUCGUCAACUGACCUCCUCCAAACGCACAGACACACAAGAGAACACACUAACACACCAACACUCCAACAGCCUCGGAGGCAGACUAGACGUCUGCCCCAUGGGCCGAGGCUGGCUGACUGGCCUGCACUUGAGACAGGCCUUCUUGCGUAAUCGACAAAUGAAUGCAGAUUUAUUCAGCCUCAGCGGACCUGCAUGUCGAAGGGCCGGCAAGGUCGCUUUUCGUCUUGGCGACAUGUGUGAGGCUUGUCCGGUUUGUCCGGUUUGUCCAGUUUGUCCGGCCCGUCCAGUCCGUCCGGAUUGUCCAACAUGGCCCGUCUUUAGUGCCCUUUGCAUUCUCACGCCCCUCCCCUCCCCUACUUUGGCCCCGGCUGGACCGUCUCGCGAUGACAAAGGCCCGGUUUCGUCGUCUUCCCAUCACAACAUGGGCCAGACCGAAGACGGCCUGGGCGUCAGAACGAGUUUCGGCCGGUGCAUCCGUGCCACGACUGCAGGCCGAAGCCCCUCUUCGCUCGGUCUAGUCGUCUCCCAUCUCGCCUCGGACAUGACACAAACAGACUGUCGGUCGUGA